AAAACAUUCCUUUCCAUCAACCCUUUCCAUCACCGCUCUCUGCCAACCCAUCUUUCCUUUUGGUUCCUCCUGUCAUAGCCCCCCUUCUACUUCUCUCUCCGUUGUCUCCUGCCUCAUGGAGAUGGGGUGAGGAGGGGCCUCGAGCAUGUCGGUUUCCCCUCUGCCUUCCUCUUUCUUGUUAGCUGCUUCGAGGAAGGCAGUGCACAAGGUUGCUGUUUGUGAGGGCUGAGCUCAGUUACUGGGUCGAAGCAUUCUUGCAGCAUGACAGUUGAGGAGAGGAAGGGGCACUUGAUGCGAGAGGAAGGUGGACAGAAUGAUCGGUUCCCUGUCGGAAUGCGUGUCCUCGCCGUGGACGACGAUCCCACUUGCCUCAGGGUGUUAGAGGCUCUGCUGCUUCGAUGCCGAUAUCAUGUUACGACGACGAAUCAGGCUACUGUGGCUCUGAAGUUGCUGAGGGAGAACAGGGACAAAUUUGAUCUGGUUAUCAGUGAUGUCCAUAUGCCAGACAUGGAUGGCUUCAAGCUUUUAGAACUGGUGGGCCUUGAGAUGGACCUUCCUGUCAUAAUGCUUUCGGUGAAUGGUGAGACCAAAACGGUGAUGAAAGGCAUAGCACAUGGUGCUUGCGACUACCUUCUGAAACCUGUUCGGAUCGAGGAGCUGAAGAAUAUAUGGCAGCAUGUAGUUAGGAGGAGGAAGUUCAGUCACAAAGAUUAUAGUAAUUUUGAUAAUGGGGAGGAGUCUGAGAGGCACCAAAUCGUCAGCAGUGAAGGAGGGCAAGAUCUGAACGUCAGUGGGUCAGCCAAUCAAAAUGGGAAGCUAAGCAGGAAGCGGAAGGACCAAAAUGAGGAAGAUGAAGAUGAUUGUGAGGAGAAUGUCCAUGAGAAUGAAGACUUAACCACUCAGAAAAAGCCAAGGGUUGUUUGGUCUAUUGACCUACACCGGAAGUUCGUAGCUGCUGUUAACCAGUUGGGAAUUGACAAGGCUGUGCCUAAGAGGAUACUUGAGCUCAUGAAUGUUGAGAGGCUCACAAGAGAAAAUGUUGCAAGCCAUCUACAGAAGUAUAGGCUUUACCUGAAAAGACUCAGUACUGUGGCAAGCCAACAAGCUAACAUGGUUGCUACUUUUGGAGGUAGUGACCCCUCCUAUCUACACAUGAGUUCAUUGGACGGAUUUGGGAGCUUGCAUGUGUUGGCUGCUUCAGGCCAUUUGCCAGCCCUUACAUCACUCCAAUCAAGUAAAGUGCUUGAUAGAGCAAUUACGGGUGGCUUGGGAAAUCAUGGAUUUACUUCUUCCAGAAUAGUUCAAGUUGGGCAUAACAACACAAGCACUCCUUGCAAUGAUUUAAACAGAUUUCAACAUAUCAAUCUUCCUGGCAACCAACAUGGCAGUUUAUUGCAGGGGAUUCCCACAUCAUUGGAACUGGAGCAACUGCAGCCUAGAAGAAUUCAGGAAGCAAACAGUCAGUUUCCUGGAGGUUUCUCUGACAAUAAACUAGCUACUGCUACACCCGGCAGCUCUUUUGUCAAUGGGACAAACAGCAGUUUUAUAUCACAAACACUUCAGCAGCAGGCACAUCCCAGGAGAUUUAUCAAUCACUCUUCGAUUAGAGCAACACCUAUAAGCACACACCCUUUCCAUGUGGGUUCUGAAUGUUCCUCACGUUUUCCUGAUCUUGGUAGAUGCAAAGACACCGGGAAAUGUGCUGUUCCGUUGACUGCUUAUGCCACCAAUACUUCAUCAAUGGGUUCCUUUACUACUGAUGAUGAGUCACAAAGAGACAACAACAUUCCAACUAUUUCUUCCACUAGUUUUAUGACGGCACCUCCACGGGACCCUUCGAAAGGAAGAGAUAGACAAUGCCAAGCUAACUCUUCUAUCGCGAGGACAAUGCUAUUGGCAACAACUAUGGAUAGAGAGAUGAAAUUUGUCAAUUUCAGCAGUGCAGGCAACUCUAAAGAGAGACUAGAGCCAAAAGAUGUUUACAUAGAUGAAAAUGAUGUCACGAUUAGUUCUUUCUCAAGUUCUACUGUGUCCAAUAAUUUCAUGAUCGAUCCAUUUUCUGGGAAUCAAAUAAUGAACAACAGCCAUUAUAACAAAAGAAUGGAUAAAAAUAUCAUUUCCCUUACAACUGCUAGUUCAUCAAUUCUUCGAGAAAAUUUCAAGAUUGAUGAUUCAAUUGUUGAUGAUCCACAGAAGGACAAGUACGAUUUGGAGAUAACAAAGUUGCAGGGAGGAAUAGUCUUAGGUGGUUGCAAUCUUGAUGAUCUUGUUAAUUCUUCCAUGAUCAAACCAGAAAGGGAUGAACUUAGCUUGAUGGAUAGUGAUACUGGAUGCGACUUUUAUCCUCUAGGUGCUUGCAUGUGACAUCUCUGGUUAAUUAGGAUUCUUCUUGCUGUUGUCCAGUCGAGAAGAUUGUAUUAUUAUGUAGUUAGCUUUCGAGGUAAAAGAUUCAAUCUGCCAUUGCUUUUGAUGUUCUUUGCUCUGUAGAUGGUUGGGACUAUCAUUAGAUAAAAUAUAGGUGGCAGAGACGGAAUUUUGUUAUGUCACAAAUCUUGGAACAUAAAUUGAUAAUUAAAGUUUAAAAUAGUAAUUGGUAUGCAUUGUUCAAAA